CUUUGCCUUUUGUCCUUCCCAAAAUCUAAACAAAUGUGCUUUCGUGUAUAUAUAACAAUCCGCAUUCUCCUCCACUCUCACUCUCACUCUCACUAGUCACAGUCUUCUUCAAACUGAAAAACAAUGGAAACAAAUGACUCCGAGCCCUACCACUCUUCUCUUAACACAGGAGUUGCUAUGCUCUCACGUCGACUAUUCAAUUCUUGCCGCAAGUUCAUCGGUCGUCAGCCAAGAUCCGACGCUAAUAUUGAUGCACAACUUGAUCGCAUUCUUGCUGUUGUCGAUGUACUGGAAGCCUCUUCACUCCGAUUGGGUUCCACCCGCCACCCAGACUACUAUUCCAUCCUCAGAGUCAAACAAUCAGAAGCUGCAAACCGUGACCUUAUCCGGCAGCAAUUCAAAACCCUCGUCCGACUGCUUGACCCAAACAAGAACAAAUUUCCAUUUGCUGAUGAAGCUCUUAUGCGAGUCCGUGAAGCCUGGUAUGUUCUCUCUGACCCGGUUAGACUAGAAAAAUUAGAACGCCAGAUCCGUGGAGAUGAUGUUUCAGCUGCGUCAUUUUGGACUAUGUGUCCUUAUUGUUGGUAUUUGCAUGAAUAUGAGAGAAAGUAUGAAGACUGUUCUCUUAGAUGUGCAAAUUGUAAGAGGACAUUUCACGGUACAGCCGUGAAUCCCCCGGAUUCAGAGUCUAUGGUGGAGGGAAAGGAACAAUACUAUUGCUAUCAUAUGAGUUUGCCUUUGAGGUAUCCUGUGGAUGGAGGGUCUCAGUUUGAACUUGAUGGAAAGAAGAUGAGGAUCAAAACUGUGGCUAAUAGAGUUAGAGUGAAAGCGUUUGCUCCUGAGAGUGAAUCUGACCCUGAAUCUGAUCCAGAAGAAAUGGAAGUGGAAAUGUGAAAACCUAAUUUGAAGUGUAUUUUGGGGGAAAUGAUGAAAUUGUGGAUUAUGUUGUUUUUAUGUGUAUGAAAAGAUGCUAUGCUUUGCUUGUGUUGGAGAUUUUAGGAGUAGAUUCAACAUGUUGUAAUCUUGUAAAUAUUGUGUAGGACUAGUUAAGUUGGUAAUGCAUGUUUAACUUAUGACUUAUGAGUAACUUAAGAGAAUGUGAAUCUUUCUUCUUAAUGAUUUGGUUCUUUUUUUCAGUU